UUCCGGGCGCCUUGCGGAUGUCGCGUCACUCGCCCUUCCGCUGGCGCAGGCGCGAAACUUGGUCUGUUCUCGCUCUCUUCCGCCGGGCAGCAGCUGUUGAGUGUGGCUACCCCUAACAUCCCUGAAUAUGUAUGCCUGUGCAAAGUUCGUCUCUGCUCCCACUCUUGUGAAGAACAGCUCCUGGCUACUCUCCAGGCCCAUCUCUGCUUGUGUUCUGAACAGGCCUGAGGCUAGGAAGGAAGAGCCUCGCUGCAUCUCAGCUGCUCAGAAUGGACUUUUGCCAGUGUCGCGCCGGGCAUUCCACACUAGUUCUGUUUCCAGGGACAUUGACACUGCUGCCAAGUUUAUUGGUGCUGGUGCAGCCACUGUAGGUGUAGCUGGCUCUGGUGCUGGCAUCGGGACCGUAUUCGGCAGUCUCAUCAUAGGCUUUGCCAGAAACCCCUCCCUGAAGCAGCAGCUCUUCUCCUACGCCAUCCUAGGCUUUGCCCUCUCCGAGGCCAUGGGGCUGUUCUGCUUGAUGGUGGCAUUCCUCAUUCUCUUUGCUAUGUGAAAGAGCCAGACAGGGCACCCAUCAUGUUUCCCCUCCCUCCCUCCCUCCUGUGUUUAGUCCAGUGUGUAUGCUGACCUGUUUGUUCUGUAGCAGAUGGAGAAGCCCAUCUGUUAACCAAAUCCAUCUGGCUCAGAGGGGGCAAGUGAAUAAAUACUGUAUUGGUAUAUA